GUCGGUGAGUCGGUGCCAGCCUGCUCCGUUACUCUCGGUACAUGUCGGCGAUUUAACGGCGGACUGUCCGGAGCUGCGGGAGCACAUUGAUGGAGGAAACGUGAAAUUUUACCGGAGAGGACCGGAGGGAGGACGAGGAGGAGGAAGAGGGGGAGGAGGAGGAGGAGGAGGAGAAGUUUUUCCCGCGGUGUUGGAGUUGCAGCGUGAUGCGUUGGGAUGGAAGAGGUGGAGCACAGCCACUACGUCGCCCAGCUGAAGGCCGAGUUCGACAGCUGCGACACGACGGCCACCGGCUUCCUGGACAGAGAGGAGCUGGCGGUGCUCUGCCAAAAACUGCAGCUGGACGCUCACCUGCCGCUGCUGCUCGACACGCUGCUGGGAGAACGAACCUACGCCAGGGUGAACUUUGAGGAGUUUAAAGAAGGCUUUGUGGCUGUCCUGUCUCGCUCUCUGGACUUCAGCACUUCAGAGGACGACAGCAGCUACCUGGAGCCGGUCGUUCCAGAGGAAGUGAAGCCAAAGUUCGUGAAGGGAACGAAGCGUUACGGCCGGCGCUCCCGUCCCGACAGUAAACCCGACGCUGCGCUGACCUGCGACUCGGAGGACUCGCUGCCAUCCAGAACCGAGGCCACAGACUCGUCGCCAGCUGGCGUCCGCAGGGCCAAACUAAGACGAUCCACGUCUCUGGAGAGCGUCGAGAGCCUGAAGUCUGAUGAGGAGGCAGGAAGUCAGAGGGAGAACCUCCAGCCAGACUUUCAGUCUAAAGCUCCUCAGCAGGAGGAGAUGGAGCAGGGGGUUGUCAGAGGAGGAGCAGGAAGAGGAGGAGGCGGCCAUAUCCCGACGGCAGCGGGUGAUCACCUGGACCUGCAGCAGCUCGACACAGAGGACCUGGACUUGCUGCUCAGAAAGUUGGACGCCGACCUGGACGGCAGAGUCAGGAUCAGGGAUUUCCAGAAGGUUCUUUGUCGCUCCGUCCCCGUGUCCUGCUCCACCCCUGUACGACCCGACCCUGUGAAAUCCUCUCAGUCGGUGUUGGAGGAGCGCUCGGCUCGCUCCACCUCGCCCUCCCUGCUGACGGCCACGGUGGGUCAAAGAGUGCUCAGCCGGCUGGACGACGGCUCAGGAUGCACCAGCCCAGAGGGGGUCAUCGCCAUCUGGGCCGAGGAGGGCAUCAGGAACAGCAGGGACAUCCUGCAGACUCUGGACUUCCCUCUGGAGGAGCGUCUCAGUCUGGCAGACCUGACUCUGGCUCUGGACAACGAGCUGCUGGUCAGCGGGAACGGCAUCCACCAGGCGGCGCUCAUCUCCUACAAGAACGAGAUCCAACACCUGCAGGUUGUGGCGGACCAGGCCUGCAGGGAGCGGGACAAGGUGAAAGCAGACCUGGAUCUGGCCGAUCAGAGGAACCUGCAGCUGAUCAGAGAAGUGGACGACCGCCACGCCAGCAUGGAGACGCUCAACCAGACCAGGAUCAGGGACCUGGAGCAGGACUUCCGUGAUAGGCUGAUGGCUCUGCGCAGCCAGUCGGAGCAGGAGGGCGAGGCGCUGCUGCAGCAGGUGGAGAGAGAGCGCAGCACGCUGCAGGAGGAGCUGCGGCUGCUCCGAGCGCGGGAGGCGGAGCUGCAGGAGGAGCUCUGCAGCGCCACACAGGAGAACAGUCGUCUGGAGGAGGACCUGAGUGUAGUGAGGCUGAAGCUGACUGAAGCUGAGAGCUCAGUGAACAAACUGCAGAGAGACCUGGACCAGCUGCUGCACGACAAGUUUGGCAGCUUGGACCCGGCCGGUGCUGGUCUGAGCCACGAGGAGCGAUUCUCGGAAAUCGUCAAAGAGUACGAGCUGCAGUGCAGGGAGCUGCGGGACAGAAACGAUGAGCUGAGCUCAGAGCUGGAGCUGCUGAAGAGUCAGAGGAGCGACAGGAAGUCCAGAAGAUCUGCAGGAGACGCCGCCGCCGAGCUGAGCUGGACCGAACAACGCUCCGUCAGCGCCGAGCCCGACUCUGACGACUCGGACAUGAAGCGCAGCUCGUCUCCUCUGCUGAGGAAGAAACUGCAGCCGGCUGAUAAAAGUGCUCUGUGUUCACUGGACAGUGUCUCCGGUCCUGCUGUCAGUAUUCAGACUGAACUGGCUCUGGAGCAGCUGAAGCAGAAACACAACCAGGAGCUGCAGCAGCUGCACAUCCAGCUGGAGACACAGGUGAACUACUAUGAGCGCAGUCUGGAUCUGAUGAGACAGAGCAUGGAGGUGGAACGUAAAGACAUCUCUCAGGCCUUCAAGUUGGAGAUCAGUGAGCUGGAGGAGCAGAAGGCCGAGGCGGAGCAGCAGGUCAAGCAGCUGAAGGAGGCUCUGGACAAACUGCAGGCUCAGAUCCAACACGGAGGAGGAGGACGAGGAGGGUGGAGCAGCGAGCAGGAGCGCAGGGUGCAGCGGGAGCGGGCGGAGCUAGAGCAGAACUUUGCCAGAGAGAUCAGCAACCUGGUCCAGAGGCUGAGUGCCGAGAAGGACCAGCUGGAGGCCGAGCUGAAGCUGAAGAUGGACCAGGAGGUGAUCCUGGUCAGGGAGGAAUCCCAUCAGCAGCUCCGUCAGACGAAGCUGCAGCACGCCGAGGGCCAGCGCCGCCUCCUCCACCAGCUCCACCGGGAGCGCCAGCAGCUGCAGGAGCAAAGAGGAUUCUGGGAGAACCGGCUCGUCCAAUCGGAGCAGGAGAAGCUGCGUUGUGAGGAGAGAGCCGGGGAGGAGCAGGCCAGGAUCUGCAGCCAGUUCUCCUCAGAGAAGAAGAGGACAGAGGAGCAGCACGAGGAGGCGGUCCGUCAGCUGACGGAGCAGGUCUCCAGUUUACAGGAGGUCAUACGGAGCUCCAGUCUGCAGAUCAGCCAAUCAGAGGCCAGUUUAGAGGAGGUCAGAGGGCGCUGUGGUCAGUUAGAGGCAGAUCUUAAUGCUUCUCGCGGGCGGUGCUCUGAGCUGGAAGCCAGGCUGGAGGAGGCCUGCGCUCAGCUGGAGGAGAGCAUCGCCUUCCUGGAGUCUCACGAGGUUUUGAGUAAACGCCUCGCCUCAGAGAAGAGCUCAGUGGAGGAGGAGCUGCAGCUGGUGAAGGCCGGAGAGGAGCAGCUCCUGGUUCAGGUGACUCAGCUGAAAGAGGAGCUGGGAAACCUCCGGGCUGCGUCCGACAGCAUCCUGCAGGACCGGGACGUGGUGGCUGAUAACUGCAGCCGCCUCUCAGACGCCUUCGUCCAGCAGCAGGUUCAGCUCAGAGCCAGAGACCAGACAGUCACCGCCCUGAGGUCUGAGCUGGAGAGCCUACAGGAGGCCGCGAGGACCAAAGCUGAAUCUGUCUCCAAACUGACUGCUGAACGGGACUCGUUACAAACAGACCGCGCCAGGCUGAUCCAAGAUCUGAAGGACUGGGCGAUGGCUGUGGAAAACCUGCAGCUGGAGCUGGAUAGAGUCUCAGAGGAGUUAGACAAGAGGAGGAGCACUGAGGAGAGUACGCAGGAGGCUCUGAAGCAGGAGCAGACCAGGACCUCGAAGCUCAGGUCCAGUCUGGCUGAGGAGAAGGAAGAGGUCUGUCGUCUGUGCCAGGAGAACGGGAGCUAUGCCCGGCUGGCCGACCAGCUCUCCACCCAAAUCGUAGAGAUGGAGGAGGAGAUCUCCACUCUCAGAGACCAUCUCAGAGACCUCAGCUCCCAGCUCAAUGAGACCGCAGACCUGGUCCUGGACCUCAGGCGGCAGCUCAAUUUCAAAACCUGCGAGGUGGAUCGGCUUCGGGCCGAGGUGGCAGACAGUGCUGAUCUCUUACGGCAAGCCAAGUCCUCUUCUGAGAAACACUGCAGCGACGUUCAGCAGCUAACCGUUCAGCUGAAAGCCAAAGACGGAGAGCUGGACCGGCUCAGAGAGCAUGUCCAACAGCUGCAGCAGGCCCUGCAAGACUCCCAGGACCAGCUGAGGACGACGGAGGAGAACUUGGAACAGGAGAAGAGGAAGAUGACGCAGAAGCUGAUGGAGCUGGAAAAACUGGUCCUGGCUCUGGAGGAGGUGAUGGACCCGGCCAGUCCGCACAGGACUCAGCUGGAGGAGGUUCGAUCAGAGAACGGAGCUCUUCAGGAGCGACUGAACGUCCUGCAGCAGGAAGUCCAGAACCUGGAGGAGGACGUCGCCAAGAAGAGGAGGAAACUGGAGGAGAUGGAGAAAGAACACGGGAGGAGCAGAGAAGAAGAAGAGAGGCUGCACAAAGAGAACUCUAAGUAUCGAGAAGAGGUUCUGGAUCUGAGCAGCAGGAACCUGCAGCUAAGCAACGACAACGCCGAGCUGAGCGCCCGUCUCCGCGGAGACCAGGAGUCGGUCCGGAUGCUGCAGGAGCGCCUGGCGACCGUCUCCAAGGAGCAGGAGGAGGAGGGAGUUACGGUGCGGCGGCUGCAGGAUGCAGCGGUGCAGCAGGAGAGAGAGCAGUUGCGGCAGCAGGCGUCCUGGACGCAGGAGAGACAGCUGCUGGAGAGAGAGCUCAGCUCCUACAGGGACAAGCUGGGUCGUCUGUCGGAGCUGGAAGCAGAGCUCAGCAGCGUGACUCUGAAGCUGCAGCGGUUGGAAGAGGACAAGGCCAAACUGCUGAGGGAGGCCGACGACCGAAACAACAAGGUGGAGAGGCUGCAGCAGUCUGUUCUCUCUCUGGAGUCGGAGGCCGAGCUGCUUCGCUCUCAGCUCCACGCCGUCAGUCAGGAGAAACUGGGCCACGCCCAGGAAGCAACUGACCUGCAGAAGAAGCUGAAGGACGCUCACAACAAGGUGGAGGAGUUGGAGACCAGCGUCAGGAGGCUGAUGAGGGAGAAAGAGGAGCUCUGUCAGGCCCUGGAGGAGCAGGAGGAGAAGGCCUCCAUCACUCUGCAGGAGGAGACCCACAAACUGAGAGUCCAGAACCAGGAGCUCCAACACAAGUUGUCAGAGCUGCGGGUCCAGGGGCUGGAGGUCCAGAAUCUGACCCAGGAGCAGCAGAACCUUAAGACCAAACUGAACGAGCUGGAGACGGCCCGGACGCAGGCUGAGGACCAGGCGGCGCGGGCGGACGCGGCACUCAGUCUGGUGCGGGCGCAGCACGUGAGGCAGCUGCAGGAGCUGCAGGAGCGAGCGGGUGAGGGCUGCAGGGAGCAGGUGGAGCUGCUGCACGCCCGGCUGUUGGAGGAGCAGAGGAGGAGUCAGCAGCUGGAGGAGACGCUGAAGCUUCAGGCCCAGCAGAGCGGCUCUCAGAUCAGCAUCAAGCAGGAUCAGUAUGAGAAGGCACUGGCCUCCCUGCAGCAGAGGAUGGAGGAUCUGGAGACCAAACUGAAGGGGGCCCGGAUGGUUCUGCAGGAGAAAGUCCAGCAGCUCAAAGAACAGCUGGCGAAGAACAGCAAGUCGAGCGCGCUGCUGAAGGAUCUGUACGUGGAGAACUCCCAGCUGAUGAAAGCUCUGCAGGUCACCGAGCAGCGGCAGAAAAACGCAGAGAAGAAGAACUUCGCGCUGGAGGAGAAGAUCAGCGCCCUCAACAAACUGCUGAGAGAGAUCGUCCCCGCAUCGCUCGCCACGUAGCCGCCGGACCCAGAACGGAGUCCGCGGGACCGCCUCAGAGACGCGGCGGUCCAAUCAGCAGCUGCUCCGAGAUCAGUUUCGCUAAAGCAGCUUCAGCAUCUCCGGUGUGCGGUUAGCCUAGCUUAGCACAAAGACUGGAGGCAGAGGGAGGCUGUUAGCCUAGCUCCAUCAAAACUCCACCUUCCAAAAAAGUUUGAGCUCAUAUUCAAACGGAUCUGAGACCCGUUCAGUUCACGCAGACGCCACCUGAACUCAGACGCGUCGGACGCUUGAAUCAUUUAAGUUUUCUCAUCACAGGUGAGAACAGGGUGACUGUCCUCUGAGUGUUGUAGAUUUUUACCUGUUCGUACCUGUUUCAUGUCUUUGACCGUUCAAAAUAACAGAUUUACCAUUCAACGAUCACAGGUUCGUUUUUUAGUUGACUGGAGCUUGAGGGAAAAAAUCUGAGACUGAGAAUAAAGUUGAAAUAUUCUGAGACAAGUCAGUUAUAAGAUUUCAAAAAUCAGUCAAAAUUUGAUGAAAACAACUUAAUUUUAGGAGUAAAACUAAUAUUUGGACAUUAAAUGUACAAAAGUCUAAAUUGGAGAAUAAAUUCCCAGAUGUUCGUUUUAAUACUCGGUCGUAUUAAACCUGACAGAUGAAGGACGUGACUUUUCUACCAAAGUUUGUGAAACGUUUUCUUGUAAAAUUAAGACUUUAAAUAUAAUAAAGGUUUCUCAUAAAUUGAAAGUGUUUCAUAGGACAGAUUUAAAACAAAUUACAACUUUAUUCUGAACACCUCAGAAUGUCCACCGUUGGGAAACCUUCUCGCCGUGUCCAGGUGAGGCGUCGAUGACUGGGCCCACAGGUAAAGGUGGCUCGGCCCUUGUGGGCGUGGCCUGUUGGUUGAGUCGUCGCCGUUCUCACCUGUAGCGACGUCUGUUCUCCGCCCUGAAGCUGCUUUAGAGAAACUGAUUGUUUCUUUGGUGAUGAAUGAAAAACCGGUCUGACACACUCACACACCCUUGUUUUACUAUACUCCUGGGGUCAGGUCUCUGACAUAAUGCACUCCCCAGCCCCUAACCCUGACCUAAACCUGAACCCUAAGCCAGGUCUUAACAAUCAAACAGCCCUUUUAGUUGUGGGGGUCCAGCACAAAGCUGUUGUGGGCUCCUGGUAUUCAGACCCCACGAAUGCCAUAAAACAUGCCCCAAACACACACAAAGUCCUGUCUGUCAAACAGGUCGGCACUACUCUGAAGUAUUUCAGCCAUGAGGGUCUGGUUACUUCGUUUUAUAAAUGUGUAUUGUUAUUUUUAAUGUGUGUUUUACUGUUGUGUGUAAAGUGAGACUUUUAUUUUUGUGAAGGUCGAGUCAGGGGUCGUAUCGAGUUUCCGUGUCUGCAGGCAGCUGCUGUCCUCAUCACGUUCUGCUUUCUGUCUCGGUCUUUGUUGUUCCCUCGGAGUGAGACCUCCCGCUUCUCUCUCUCUGCUCUACUUUCCUUCCUGUUCAGGUACAACGAACCAAAUGUCACGUGUCUGUUGGACGGACGUCACCCUGUUACCCCGACACUGAUGUACGAUAAUGUAACAUGAAACCCACAUUAAAUUAUGUUUUUAUCUCGC